AUGCAAGCGAGCUAUGCCAUCCCUGGCAAUGCGGAGGGCAUGGCAGCACCUGCAGGUAAAGCUCAAGGAAAUGUAGAGGAAGAAGAAGCUGCAGCAGCGUCAUUACCUCUUCCAGCCUUCUCGCCAGCAGACGCAGCACCGCUAGAGGCUAUGGGCGUUGCUGAAAAACGCUCCUCGAUUCUAUUAGACUUGUAUUACUCGUUGCUGGGCGUUCCUUCGAACGCAUCUCCGUCAGAAAUUAGGAGGGCAUAUUACGCCUUGUGCAAAAGGCUUCAUCCGGAUAACGGCGCUGCUGAUGCUGAGGAGCUGCACAAAGUGCAAGAGGCAUAUCGCGUGCUAUCAGACGAGGCGAAAAGGAUACGCCUAGACAUCAAAGACCGCAAAUACACCAAAGAAGAGCAGGAGAGGAAGCUAGUUGAGCUGCAAGAGCUGCAACGUUUGCGCGCCAACAGAGACUUGCAAAACAUGCAAAUUGAGUAUUCCCAAAAGCUCAGUAGGGAGAAGGCAUCGAACGGGGUGAUUGUCGAUGAGCAUCUUGAGGGGCCUUACAUGGAUGUUACUAUUCCUCUUCAGUGUCAAAUUGACAAUUCUCGCUUCGUCUUUCCUGGAGGAGCUGCGGCUUCUUUUGAGCAACUUAAGGGCUUUUACAACCCUGCUCCCCUGAUUAGUGGCGGCGAUAUUUCCCUCUACGUACUUUACAGAUUCCGAGGAGCGCUGCACGAAGUUACUGUCUCCGACUGCUCGCAGUUGGCUCUCCCUUUAAAAGCCGAGCCGACAUCGUUGGACCCCGUUUGUGUGUGUUGUCAUGCACAGGAGCAUGCAAAAGCUCUGUCUGCGUGCGUUUACGUGAGUGUCUGCGCUUUCGCGUGUGGAGUGCUCUGUGCAGUUCAUCUAUGCGUAAGUGGCGUGCCGAGGGGGCCAUACGCAGCCUGCAACCUUUCGAAGCUGGCAGAUGAAAUGACUGUGCUGCACUGCCGCGCUUCUCUAUUAUUUCGUCCAGCCGCAGCGUCUGCAGCAGCUGCUGCUGCAGUUGUGGGCUUGGGUGCAGCACAAACACGAAGAAGUUGCGGCUGGAGCGUCGACUGCUUCGCUCGCUGGCUUCACCUCCCACAUUUUGCCAGUGAGGUGGCUGUCGAUACACUCGGGGCGCAGCAGGUGAGCAGCGCCUGCGCGCGCGAGGACAGCGCGUCAGGAAAGGCUGCACUCAAUGCUGUGGAGAUGCCAACUAUACCAAAAGCUGUCUCCUGUGCAUGCCCUUUCGCGGCAGCAGAAGCAGCUGAGGCAGGAUGCAUGCAGACAGAACGCACAGGCAAGCGAGCGCCUCCCGCUGGUGCGACGUGCAUGUCGGGAGGAGAGCCAGCAUGA